AGCAAGCUGCGCUAUGUCUUUGAACCCUCCCACCAGCAAUGAUGCAUGCCUGAGCAUCGUGCACAGUCUGAUGUGCCAUCGACAAGGUGGGGAGAAUGAGACCUUUGCUAAACGUGCCAUUGAGAGUUUAGUGAAAAAGCUCAAAGAAAAGAAAGAUGAAUUGGACUCGCUGAUUACAGCUAUUACAACCAAUGGAGCACAUCCCAGCAAAUGUGUUACAAUCCAGCGGACCCUCGAUGGAAGACUACAAGUGAAGAAUGGAAGGAUGUCAGACUGACUGAGGCUAUUGAUCCGGCUCGAUAAAAUACCAUAUUUGGAUGUGAAAUAUUGACUUGCAGCAAUCAAGAAAGGAAGUUGAACUACUUAACAACUUUGUUAUUUGCGAUGCAUUUUGAAAAUCCCAUGGAAGGACAAAACCACGAAUGUGCCAGCCCCCUCAGAAAAACUAGCCUCUAUUUCCAACUGUCCAGAUAUUUGGAAUGGAUCAAUUGAUGACAGUCUGAGAGAACUGUCUUACCAUUGGGAACGAUACAAAUAAAGUUCACUGGAUGCUGGAGGAGGAAUAACUGAAUGUUAGCAUGAACAAGCUAGAUUAAUACCAGUUGUUGCAGUCAGUAACAGUGUUUUUGGGGAAGAGUUAGUAGGCCUGAGAGUUAAAAGGAGCUAUAUCAACAAU